AUGAAAAUGAGAUGCACUUAAACUGAUCAUCGAAAUCAAUAAAUUAUAGGGUUUUGCAUUAAUAAUACAUGUCAAAAUUAAAGGCCUUAUUGUAAUUUUUGUUUGCCUUGUCAUGGUGAACAUCUUAAUAGGUUAACAUCUCAAGAACUAUUAUCUGAAUGGAUUAAAGAAAGAAUCCUUAUAAUUCAAAGUAUUUAAAAGGCUGUUGAAGAGUGUAAAGUGACCCUUGAUAGCCUAUUAAAAUUCAUUACUUUAUUAUGAUAACUCUAAAUUCUAAUAAAUCCCUAAUUUAGGAUUAACAGAAAUUGACAAAUUAAUUAAAGAUUUAUGUUAGAUAGAAAAUUGUGAAUAAAUAGCAUUUAAACAACUUAAUAUUCAAUUCGAAUAAAUUAAAUAGAUUGUAU